UCGCGGUCACUCACGUCUCCCUCUACUCUCCUAAACCGCUGGGCGCCGCCAUCUUGCCACUUUAAUCCCACCCACUACUGAGCGAAAGAAGAGGCCGCGCAGGCGCAAAAGUACACCGGCAGGGGAGACGCGUUCUGGGAGUAGCCGCUGCAGAGCAGUGCGCGCAGUUUGAAACGGAAAGUGCACUGAGCGAAGUUGCAACUAGGCGUGGUUCAGAAUGCCGAGGGGCCUUGCAAUGUGCCACCCGGGCCGCAAACUAACGAAACAGUCUCUGCGUCCACCAGUCAAGGGCUCUUUGGGUACACUAGUUAAGGAAACUGACUACAGUGCCCUGAAAAGGACACAGCUGCAGCAGCAAUGCAAGAAGCUGGGCCUGCGCGCCACAGGGAAGACUGUUGAACUGGUGGAAAGGCUGAAAUCCUAUCAUGGACAACCAGCGUUGAAAAUGGAAAGUGGUGUAGCAGCAGCCACAAACAGUACUGAAAAGUGUUGCCAGAGCCAUCAGGCAUCACGGAUAGUCCCUCCUCUGGAUAUGAUGAAGGAUGUGAAAACUGGGCCCUCUGAAAAGAAAACAGAUGAUGUCCUUGGCUGGUGUGUGGUCCAUGGAAUGGCACUUUACCGCCCAAAAUCCAGCUGGGCUCCUCUGUUGCUCCGUGGAGGUGUGGUCUGUGUCCAGGAUGGGGAGAACCUCAUCCCAUUUCUCCUGCCCCCACUCAACAUCCCUGUCCCCGAUGACUUGUCUGACAACCAUGUCUGUGAGGACUGUGUGCUCAGGAAUCGAGAGAAGCCCAAAAGAUGUCUCUUGUGCCAUCAAAUACAGGGGAAAGGUAACCAGACUACCUCUACUCAGAAGUUCUUAAAGGUCGAGACACCCUGUGAGUUGAGUGCAUCUCAGCCUCUGUUCCCAUCAACUGGUGCAUCCAAUGACAGAAGAAGGACCAUAGAGAUAAAGAAAUUGUACCAACCUCAAGAGGACCAGGCUUAUGCCCAGCGAGUGGAUGGGAUCCUUUCCCGGAUGGCUCGUGGAGAGCUCGGUAUGGACAGAGCUCUACGUCCUCUCCAGCCUCUGGUUGUCCAUUCCCCAGCACCUUUUGAUAGAUGAGAGACAUGUUUGAUGCAAGCACUGUGAAUGGAAGACUCACAAGAAUAAAGGAAAGUGCUUUAUUCUAAUCUUUUUAAACAUAUAUUAUUUGGAUGUUUUGUUUUAUCCUUUUAUCUGUUGUAAUAAAGAUUCCUUGAAAACGA